AUUAAAAAAAAACCUCACAAGUGUCAGCUUUGUCUACAUGGUGGCUAACAGAAGCUCUCAGUCAGUCACAUGUAUGAAAAGGCGAAAACAUUUCCCAGUUGAAUAAUAUUAGCCACUCUGCCAAAGCACACACAACCCAAUCACUCAUACGUUUUGGGGUGUUGACAUUGACAGCUUUUAGACGCAUACACAGAGCAAGUUUUGAAGUCUACUCAUGAGACGAUUGUGACUUCUAUAGAUUUGACUUGGCGUGAUUUAACCUACAUUCAUGAAAUUGAGAAAAAUGUCGGGACAGAACGAUCUGUAUUUGAACAUAAUUUUUCCGCCGGCUACGAAUGUCUUGAGUUGCGUUUGGUUCUUAACUGUGUGCAAGAAAAAAAGUUGUAAUAUUAAUCACGUUAUAUGACUAGAUCGCCUAACUGUAGGCAUAUUUUCCCCCACCUUGACCAGUUUUUCUUCAAAAUUCCCCCGUCGCCACCCACUGUGCUCCUUUCCCUCCCCCUCUUGAUUGAUGAACUUCUUGAAAGGCGAUCGGGUGUCCAGGCAAUCAGGCAGGCGGCAGACUAAACAUUGCCGCCGCUGUUCUGCUUUGCUGUUCUCCCCUUUGCAGCCCACUUAACACUUACUUGAAAGACGUCCUCUGUUAUCCUCAACCCUCAACUCUCAGCUGCUUUUGGAAAGCCUAAAAAUCUAAAUGUUUUUGAGUUUUUGAUGAGGGAAAACAGCACGCAGCAACGAUGCUCUUCAUAAAAACAAGGAGUGAUAACAAGAAUGUACAGUAAGAAUUGAAUGCUGCAAUUCAAUUCAGUGCGCCGCUCUGUCUGGUGUGCAUCUUGGCCACCAGGAGGCAGUGCUCUUUAACACAGCAAUACCAACGAAGAGUGCACUUUUUUUAUUGUUACUCAAUAAGUUGCUCUCACAUUUUUUGUAGAGGAUAAAGAAUAUAUGCCAGUGGAUAUUGUUUUUGUCCCGAUUACUGCUUAUUUUUCAAAAUAUCUUUAUUUUAAAAAAAUAGAAUAAAAAAAUAAUAACCAUGGAGUCAUGGAGUGUGUGGCAUGACAGAAAAAAAAGCAAAUUCUAUAUUUAGGUCAUAAACUUAAUAUGAUAAAAAAUCAGACCGUUACGUAAUGUUGAAUAGAUUUUGGGGGUGCGGAGGGUUGUAUAAUUUUAUACAAUAUUUCAUCCUUUUGGACAGCCCGUGGUCCAGUGGUUAGCGCGUCGACCUCACAGUGCAGAGGUCGUGGGUUCAAUUCCCUGUGUGAGUUUACAUGUUCUCCCCGUGCCUGUGUGGGUUUUCUCCGGGUACUCCAGUUUCCUCCCACAUUCCGAAAACUUCAAUGGCAGGCUGAUUGAACAUUCAAAAUCCUCCCUAGGUGUGAGCGUGGAUGGUGAUUCAUCCCUGUGUGCACUGCGACUUGCUGGGAACCAGUUCAGGGUGUCCCCCGCCUACUGCCCGAUGACGGCUGGGAUACGCUCCCAUAUAAAAUAUUUACAAAGUAUAUACAAAUAUUUAUCCAACCUCGCCUACUGCUCGAAGGCAGCUGGGACAGUUAUCAGGAGAUGUGGAUGAGAAAUGACUGAUUAAUAUUUAUCCUACAAAGCGCUCGCUAAUUCCUGACAGGAUCUUUGCCUCCCUGUAGGUAAACAUUAAGAACCCUUUCAAUGCUUUCACAGACUCCUGAAGUUUAUUCUGGCACCUCAAAAUCAUAAAAGAUGUGCUUCUUAUUUGCAUAGGUCAUCUUUCACUCUCUUAAUAGGAAUAUAUACCGCGCGCAUGCAUACACACAUACAAAUAGAUGCCGUAUAUUUCUGCAUCAAUAGUGAAAGAAGGCCCUAUGUGGGAUUAUGUAAUGUGCCGUGAAGAGGUUUUCCUCGUGCCUUAUGGGUUCGGCAUCGUUUAAAGUCACUCGCCCUUCACCCCUUUCCCUGAGUCGACAUGACACACUCCAGGUGUGUGAGCGUGUGUGUGUGUGUGUAAGUGUGCACGUGCGCAUGUGUUUCCGCGCUUGCGUGUAGUGUGAGGAGGAGGAGGUGGUGGUGUGUGUUGAGGCAAAGAAUGGCAUCUUUGUACGCCUCACGGCCCUACAUUGCUGCUUUCGGAUGUUUUUGAUCAAGUAUGAAUUGAGCCAGAACAAAGGAGGACUUUUACAAGAGAGAAGUAGGCUGAAAUAUCGUUGAAAGAUUGCACAGAUCGAGUUGGGCAUUUUAGAAGAAAAUAAUUUUGUACGCAUGUCUUAUGAUACAUAUUUGUACGGUAUGCAAAAUGGAGGACUCUCUUGAAUAAAAAUGACCAUUCAAGGACAGAACAAAAACUGCUGAACCAAAAUUAACUUUAUAAAUGUUUCUAUCAUUGAGGCGCUAUAUUUGCAUAGCAUUCUAAAUCUGCCAAAAAAAACCAACAACAACAAUUAAGAGGCCUUCUCAUGUGGUCGUACAUAUUCUGUAGGGCAGUCCAAGACCCAAUGUCAGCUCGUCGUCAACAUUUCUGGAAUUUCUGGAAGUGGUGAUGAGUGAUCUUACAUCUUAAAACUACAGUCGACCCUUGCAGUUUCGCAGGCACACACAGGGUGGCGGAUUUCUCUUUUAUUUCAAUAAUUUUGAAGAUUUCUGAUUUUUGUUUAGAUUUUUUUCCCCACCAUUCAUCAUGUACAAACAACCCUUUUUUAAUUCUCUCAUUUUUUAUGAGAGAAUUGUUUGUCUGUUAUAUAUUGGGAAUAUAUAUGUGUGUGUGUGUGUGUGUGUAUAUAUAUAUACACACACACACACACUGUAUAUAUUGCCCGCCUUCCCCUGCAUCGCAUGUGCGGCGUAGGCUGAGCCGCAUAUUCACCUGAAGAAAGGCGUCGUUGUACUCCUCGACCUUAUAAAGCCGCCCUCAGACUCUUUCUGGCCUUCGAGCACACUCUUUCCGUACUCGUCCUCAAAACGUCGCUUCCCAGUAUGAGGGCCUCAGCUGUCGUUCUCAUGGUAGCGGCGUGGGCGUGCGCGUGCCACGCUCAAACCCACAACAGCGGCAGCCAGCGGCAGCAGCAGCAGCACGGCAUCUGGGACGAGCCCAUCCGCUUCAGCACCAAGAGCAAGGACGCCUGCACCAUGGUGGUGUCGGAGGCCUCCGACCACACCCGGCUGCGCGUCUCUUGCAAGGGCACCGCGCCGCCAGGCGCCGCCCGGGGCCGCGCUUAUUACUGCGACUUCCAGGGCAAGCCCAACCUGUGCCGCGCCUACAGCCUCAACCCGCGCCACUACUUCACGCAGAUCAUGUGGGAGUUGCGCAAACUGAGCCACGCCUGCCAGGGCGCCAAACUCUACCGGCCGCCCAUGUGCAAAAACCAUCCCGACGAGGUCCAGAUGAGCUUCUUGUCCGCCUGGCCCAGAGCAGUCAAGCCCGCUGCCACUCAGAAACUGCAGAAGCCUCAGACCCCCGCCAAGACCCAAGCGGGCAAAGCCGUCCCAGCCCCCGCCAGGAAGACCACCCCCAAGCCAGCCAAGACCACCGCGAGGUCCCCGACGGAGCUGCCCGAGUCCAAGGCAUCCCGCAUAGCCACGGAUUACUGCUGGAAGAGCUUCCACGGCAUCUGCAAGUACUUCAUUGGAUGGUUUAAGGACUGACGCAGACGAGUGGGGGCACUUGUCACAUGACAUCGGCAAUCACAACUGAGCAUCACUAUAGUGAGUGAGUGAUCGUCAAAAUUGGAAGGCGAAUAAAAUGAAGAGUUCUCAUUUUCA